AUGGCGACCGAUCGUCUCUGCAACUCAUUGCAAGGCGCUAUGACGUGGAACGUGGAACGAUCAUGUCUCCGCUGCCAUGAGCGUAAGUUACAUGAUACAAAUACUGAUAUGUCGGCUCCAACCGGCGAUCGUACCGCGCUCACGGAAGGCCUUUUGGUGAAAGAAGGCACAUCUACUCGAUAUGUUAACGAGUUGCUCUUCUCGCGCGUCUUAGAGAAGGUCAGUGAACCACAAGAUUUAUUCAUCAGCAGAAACUUGGACUUACCAGUGUACGAACAGGAGAGCGAGCUUCAAUACGCCAUUAAUACUCCGGCAAGCACUAACAACAGCGAGGCGAGCCCAAUGAUUAGCUUUGAUGGCCUCAUCUCUAACCCCCAAUUGACUGUCGACGCCUUAUCUCUCUUCCCAUCUCGAGGGCAAUCCACGCACCUCUGGCAAGUCUACUUUAACAAUGUGGACGUUCUUCUUAAAGUACUUCACAUCCCGACCACGCAACCCGCUGUAUUUGCCGCCAUUAACAACCCAAAGACUGCUUCCCAAGACCUCAACGCUCUUCUGUUCUCCAUUUACUUUGCGGCAGUCACAAGCCUGCACCAGGUAGACACCCUUAUCAUAUUUGGUGAGGACCGGCAGUCCGUUCUUAAAAGAUUUCAGCGAGGUUUAGAGGUCUCCUUGCAUUCGGCUGCAUUCCUAGACUCGCCCACCAUUGUCUCACUGCAAGCAAUGUCAAUUUACUUGCUUUGCCAUCGGAAUCACAACUGUGGUAUAUCUGGAUGGACAUUGAACGGCAUCCUUCUCCGAACGGCACAAUGGAUGGGCCUGCACCGUGAUGGAGAACGUUUUAAUCUCUCACCACUGGAGUGCGAGAUCCGUCGCCGCCUAUGGUAUCAGAUUAUUGGAUGUGACGCGCGUGUUGGUGAAGACCAUGCUCUCUCAACUAAUGGGUUUAGUGGCUUUUCCAAUACAAAGCUUCCCCUCAACAUAGACGACCGAGAUAUUUCCUCCAGCAUGGAAGUGGCCCCGACUUCAAAGCCGCAUUGGACAGAGAUGACGCUGUUCCUGGUAGCUGCCGAGAUGAACCAAGCACUUCAACAAGUGUCUCGACUUUCCGUGGCUGUGCUCAACGGGGAUGACAAAAUGACUACCUUAGAGCAGCUUUUACAAAGCACCACGUCACGCAUAAAAGAUCGCUACUUGCAGCAUUGCGAUCCUAAUAUUCCUAUUCAAAAAUCAGCGCUAUUGUUGGGCCAGGUGCUUAUGGGAAAGCUCAGCGUCUUCAUUCGCCAGCAAUACCUUCGAGGACUCAGUGCGGAGGAAUCAGCCUCACGAGCCACCGAACAGACGCUUUUGCUGGCUUGCGAUACCAUUGAGGUUGACAACGAGCUAAAAACAGGUGAACUUCUCAGUAACUUCCAUUGGCUCUUCUCGACGUUUACUCAAUACCAUCUCUUGACAUAUACACUGUGGCAUCUUCGUGUUCGGCCUGGAGUCCACUGCGCCGAUCGAGCGUGGCAGGUGGUCGAUAAGUCGUUCAAUUUGGUUGAAGACCCCAGCUGGCCGAGUCCUGGUCUGAAAUGGAACGUAUUACGAAAGCUUCGGGAAAAAGCAAUCAAUAUACGAAUUUCCUUUUCUUCGAGUCCAUUUAUGUCCGCGCGCACCUCAAACAAUUUAACAGUUCCUGAGAUCACAGGACCCCCAGAAGAUGAUAUUCGGGGAGAUGCGAUCCCUAGCAGCAUUCUGGGGUUUGAAGAUGCUAUGGGUUGGAAUUUAGAUUCGAUCUGCUUCCCAGAUUGGAAUCCGUCCGGCUUAUGGCUUGCGGGCCAAGGAUAG